AUGAUUGCUGGGGCAAUCUAUGGUGUGCCAAUCCCAGCCCAGCCAAUGGAAUCAAUAGCAGCUGUGGCUAUAUCAAAUAGUGCAGAGUUUGGUGUGCCUGAAAUUAUGACAGCAGGAAUAUGUACAGGUGAGAUUUCGUUACUUUUAGGUGUCACAGUUAAGUAUUUUAGGAAAGUACAGGAUUUUUCCAAGUCGAAGUCUGGUGGUGAUAGGCGUUGGUUAGGGUUAGAUGGUUUGGUUUUGGCUAUUGUUUGUGCUUGUUUUUUUAUUGUUGUUAAGGGUGCUGGUGGGCUGGCUGGGCAGUACAAGUUUGGAGGUAGGAGUGGAGGUUGUGUGGCACUACUUGGUGCAGCCAAACUGGUUCUGGGUUUGGUUUUAGGAAGUUCUUUAGUGAUGGUUUUGAACCAAUUUCCUGUUGGAGUCUUAGGGGUGUUGCUAGUGCUUGCUGGAAUUGAGUUGGCUAUGGCUUCAAGAGACAUGAGUACAAAGGAGGAAGCCUUUGUGAUGCUUAUAUGCACUGGGGUUUCACGCUUGGGUUCAAGUGCAGCCCUUGGCUUUUUGUGUGGGAUUGCUGGUGCAUCUGCUUCUUAA